AUGGACAAGUCGCGAAAGACGUGCGUAACGUACGUGGCUGCCGACUGCGGUUCCAUCAUACCAGGGAAGUCCAGGGCGGCUGCGGCUUUCAAAACGGUCGACAUCUACCGCAGACUGGUCGAAGCGGGCGUAAACGUUAUUGACAUCGACAUAAGUCAAUUCCCCGACAGCGAUGGCCCGGCUCGGAGACCGGACGUGCUCGACGGAGAGGUGACCUACAAGCCUAGUCCCUUCGUACCUGGCAAUAUCCGCAACAGGACGGGUAAUCUGGAGCUUCUUCGCAGAGUGCGAAAGAAGAUGUCGGUAAACUUCCAGGCGGAGCCCAGAGCAUUCCAGCUAGUUCUUGGGGGCGAGUGCUGCAUGCUGCCAGCCAUUCUUUCCUCUGUCAAGCAAGAGUACCAAGACUCUACUAUUGGUCUCAUCUAUAUCGACGCGGACACUGAUCUGCACUCACCUUUGGACGACGAUUGGAAGGGCUACUUUGCAAGCAUGGUGAGCAAACUUCAGACGCAAGAGGAACUUUUCUUUGGCACAAACCUUCCCCACCCGGGGAACAAGCCGAAGCACCUAGCAUAUUUGAACGACGAGCACUUCAAAGUCAUCUCGUCAGAAGCGGUGGCAAACCAUCCGGAAGGACGUGCAAACGAAGCAUUGGAGCACCUUGAGCAGAACAAAGUUGAGGCUAUCUGGAUCCAUCUUGAUAUUGACUCCAUUGAUCCAGGCGAAUUCCCGCUGGCAAAUGUCCCAAACUUUACAGGUGUGGCAUUUCAGACGAUGAUGCAAGCCCUGACAGUAGUCAUGGCUAGCACCAAUGUCGUUGGACUGUCCAUCGCAGAGGUCAAUCCAGAUCAUGAUCCUGACCUGGCCAUGACGACGAUGCUAACCAAAGAGAUCGUGAGUAUGCUUGCGAGAAGGGAACUGGGUCACUCAUUUUGA